AGCCACUGAGUCCUCUGCGCUCGCCCAGCCAGCGACCCCUUCGGCCGUCCCUCGCCUUCCCAUCAGCUCUCCCUCAUCCGUCCUCUGUCCUCUGCCGUCGUACGCUAUGGCGACCGUCAUCUCGUCCCCAGGAAAAGUUCUCAUCGCUGGAGGCUACCUCGUCCUCGACCCAGCCUACUCUGGCGUCGUCGUAUCCACUUCUUCUCGGUUCUACACCGUCGUCCGCGACCCUGCUUCUGUUACCGGCACUCACACGCCAAACCAUAUCGAGGUCAGAUCGCCGCAGUUCCUCGACGCUACAUGGACGUAUUCCGUAAACUACGACGCAAGUGGGAGUAAAGUAUCCGUCGAGACUGCGGAGGGACCGUCGAAGAACAAGUUUGUCCAUUUGGCGAUUCAAAAUACGCUUGCGCUCGUUGUCGAGAUCAAGGGUGCGACCGCGCUCAAGGAGCGCCUCUCCCGGGGGCUUCACAUUGUUAUCGUCGGGGACAAUGAUUUCUACUCGCAACAGGACCAGCUUCAAGCACGCAACCUCCCCCCAACGCUAUCUUCACUCGCGCAAUUGCCCCCGUUCAGCCCCACCAACGUCCGUCUCUCUGAUGUCGCCAAGACGGGACUCGGCUCCUCAGCCGCCCUCAUCACCUCAUUCUGCACCGCCCUCCUCGUGCACUUCUCAGUCAUCCCUCCCUCCGUCCUCGCCACAUCUUCUCCGUCCGGCGCAAGCACAGAGGCCAAAAGACUAGCCCACAAUCUCGCUCAAUUCGUACACUGUCUCGCACAGGGCAAAGUCGGCAGCGGCUUCGACGUGUCUGCGGCCGUGUUCGGGAGCCAUCUCUACAGGAGAUUCAGCCCGGAGGUUAUUCAGCCAUUGAUGCAGGACGAGAAGCCGCCACACCUCCUCGCGGUGCUCUCGCCACAGAACCCGACCUGGGAUUACGCCAUCCAGCCGUUCAAGUUGCCACCCUACACGAGGAUUUUGCUCGCGGACAUUCACGCGGGGAGCAAUACGCCGCAUUUGGUGUCGAAGGUGCUCAGUUGGCGGAAGGAGAAGAAGGAGGAAGCUCUCGCACUGUGGACGAAACUCGACCAGCUCAACACGUCGCUCGCGAAAUGCCUCACGCGUCUUUCGGAGUUGCAUGAACGGGAUCAGGGAAUAUAUCUGCAGGCGAUCAAGUGGAUAGCGAGUAUCCAAUCCGUUCAGUGGCUUGCGAUCCUCAAUGCUCAACCUGAGUUGUCUGAUUGUCUGGAAGCGUUCAACGAGGCGCAUGUUUUGACUGAGGCAAUUCGAGCCAAAAUGCGCGAAAUGGGAAGCCUGAGCGGUGUCGAUAUCGAGCCUCCGCAACAGACGAAGCUACUCGACGACUCGAUCUCGCUCGCUGGCGUUAUCGGUGGUGGAGUUCCUGGUGCUGGUGGAUACGACGCCGUGUGGCUCCUGCUCUCCGACCCACCAGAACCGGUGCACGAUAUCCGGCCGCUCGUGCGCGUCGAGCGGCUCUGGGGCGCCCAGAAGAGCGUCACACCGCUUUUGGCGGAGGAGAGCGUGGCGGGGAGUGGGAUCCGGUUGGAGGAGUUGGGGAGUGUGAAGGGGUUGGAGGCGGUCGUGUCGGCUUGAGCUUUCUCCUAUUCGAUCGUGCUUGAACAGGAGGGGGCUUAUUUCGCGAUGUGAAACAUUGGUGGCAGGGCUAUCGGAGUUCGCUAUAUCUUCUCGAGCGGAGCGAGACAAAUGAUUGUGGUGCAUCGGUUUCGGUAUACGACAAGGUCUGGUCUGGUCUGGUCUGGUCCAUGGAAGCAUCUGAACUCAUGUCUGGGUCAAUUGGGUUGGAAGUACACGACUUAUAUUUAUUUCCGUAGACUCACGCUGCUUCUCUUUCUGAUCUACUACUCUCUAUUUCUUUCUGUGCUGUUUCUGCUGUCCGUCUGUCGCUCUGGUUUAAUUUGGAUUCACCUUGUAGGGCGGAUUCGAUUGCACUUCUGAGUGAUCUUGACGGUAUUCAUGUUUUCUUUUGUUGAUGCUUUUGUUGUUGUGUUGGUUCAACCUUUUUCGUUCGACCCGGAUAUCUUACUUACUCACCUUUGAAUCGUUUGCAUACAUCGGAUUCACUUUGUCUCGUUCGUUCUGGCUGAGUGUGGUGGAAGAGUGCUUGGAAGAAAGGCGACUGUUGGGCCACACCGAUUUUGUCUUGCUGUCGAUUUAGCGCCCGGCAAAGUCCGGUCCAUUUCAC